AAACGACCUUGCUGCUAUCAAAACCUUCCAACGGGGAACUUCAACGGCGAGCUCGGAAAAUUGAUUUAAUACCUUCCAUCGAUUUCAAAUUGGCUUUGUAUAAUAAAGGGUUAGUUUCCAAUCUUGCAAUGGUAUCUAGAAGUGAAGUUCUCAGCCUCUGUCGUGCCCUGCUUCGAGCCGGACGUCAAUACCCUGAUUACAACAUUAGGGAGUACACUAAGCGAAGGACCUUGGAUGGCUUCCGCAUGAACAAGAAUCUCACUGACCCAUCGAAGGUGAAUGAGGCUUUUGCUGAAGCUAAAGCACAGCUUAUGGUUGCUGAGAGAGUGCUCAAGGUCUACUUGGCAUAUCCUCCCAAGACCAAGAACAUCAUGGAAGUCAAGCUUCAGUAGAUACAUUAUCAAGUGAAGAAGUGGACACUGUGAGAGAAAUUACUUGGAUUAGAGCAGAGAUAGACUAUAGGAAAUGAAGAGUUCCUGCCUUUUUUUAAUUCUUCUUAAUAAUCUCACACGAUUAUGCACUUGUUGCAUAACAAAUGUUCCAACUUGUCUGGAGUUUCUGUAUUCUUAUGAUAGGUUAUAAAUCUGGGAUUCAAAA